AUGGCACACUGGGGUCGUGUCGGCGUACAGAUCGCCGAAGUGGCGACGACGUUAUACGAGAAGUCGCGGAAGAGUCUGGUCGGCGAUGGCACCCAUGUCGGGUUCGUGACGACAGUGCUCAACGAGGUGCCGAAUGCCUCAAAGCCUGUGCCCCCGUUUGACUCGUUUGGUUACCUUAUCUACGAGCAAGGUGGUUCUGCGGUGCACAAGCGAGCGAGCGACAUCAUGCCAGGCGAUAUCGUCGUGCUGCACGAUGCGAAGUUGAAGGGACACAAGGGAUUGCAGAUUUAUCAUCAGAACGUGGGUAUGGGCGAGCCGUUAAUCGCAAUUAUCGGAGACUAUGAGGUCAAGAAGACGAAGGUGAAGGUUUUCCAGGCCAAUCAGCACGUCGGGCAAGAGAGCGUUGAGUCUGUGAGCUACCGAUUGGACGAUCUGAAAAGUGGUACCGUUAAGGUACGCCAAGUCCUAAGACACCUUGACGUGAACUUGACGAUUCCCAUCAGAUUUUCCGGGUACUUGAAGCGUAAUGGCAUUCAGUUAUUAUCAUUGGGCUUGGGUCCUUUUGUAUUUUAG